GCGCAGAACAACUUCCGGUUCGAGCGAGAAUCGAGGAUCGAGGAAACGACAAUUAAGAGACUUGGGAUGUACCCCCGAACCACCAACAUGUUGGUCCCUCCCUCAACACCGUCUCACUUCCUGUCUGUGUGUCAUUGGUUCCUACUGAACACGUAAAUACUUAAAAAACACAAUUCUGUAGUUUUCAUCAGUAAUUCUUGUAGUUUUUAUACAACAAAAAGCAGUAAAAUAGAGACUUUGUCCGGGACUACUAUGUUUGGUGCUCCAGUAAGUAUUUCUACGUGUGAGUCAGAAUGAACUGCAGUAUGAUGAUGAUGACGUCAGACUAUGAUGGAGUUCUUCUUCGGUGGUGUAGAACCGGUGGACCCGGGCUCAGGUGGAGUCUCUGGUGGCGGCGGGUCGCCUAAACGACCUGAGGACGAGACUCUGCAGCCGGAUGAGCUUCGGCACGGCAGGACUCAGAGCGCCGAUGGGAGCCGGAUUCAAUCGGAUCAACGACCUCACCGUCAUCCAGUCCACACAGGGUCUACAUUCCUACCUGUGCAGGUGCUUUGCAGACUUCAGCAGCAGAGGGGUGGUCGUCGGCUUCGACACCAGAGGACAGGAGGACAGCGGCUGCAGCAGUCAGAGGUUGGCGAAGUUGACGGCCGCUGUGAUGCUCAGCAGAGACGUUUCCGUCCAUCUUUUCUCCACAUUUGUCCCGACGCCGUUCGUGGUGAGCAAAUGGUAACGCAUCACUUCCUGUCAGCUGUCCUGUGUGUUGUAGUUUUAUUAGUAAAAUGUGUGUGCAUUUGUCUCGAGCCGUACGCUGUGAAGAAGCUCGGUGCUGCAGCCGGAGUGAUGAUCACCGCAUCACAUAAUCCUAAAGAGGACAACGGAUACAAGGUGUACUGGUGUAACGGCGCUCAGAUCUCCUCGCCUCACGAUCAGGAGAUCCUGCAGAGUAUCGAGGAGCAGCUGGAGCCUUGGAGCGCCUCCUGCUGGGAGGAGGAGCUGGUGGAGAGCUGCUCCCUGAGGACCGACCCCCUGACCCAGAUCAACAGCUGCUACAUGGACGAGCUCACCUCCCUCUGCUUCCACAGAGAUCUGAACUCAAGCUGUCCGUUGAAGUUUGUCCACUCGUCCUUCCAUGGAGUCGGACACGUCUUCGUCCAGCAGGCUUUCUACGCAUUCGGCUUCGCUCCACCAAUCCCUGUCCCCGAGCAGAAAGACCCCGACCCCAACUUUUCCUCCGUAUGCUGCCCUAACCCAGAGGAGGGAGAGUCGGUCCUGGAGCUUUCUCUUCUUCUGGCAGAACGGGAAAACGCGCGCAUUAUCCUGGCGACGGAUCCCGACGCCGACCGCCUGGCUGUUGCUGAGAAGUCUGACGGGUGCGGUUGGAAGGUGUUCACAGGUAAUGAGCUGGCUGCACUGUUGGGUUGGUGGAUGUUCUUUAAUUGGAAGGAUGCUCAUCCGGAUCCUGCAGACACCCAGAAGGUUUACAUGUUGGCCACCACCGUGUCCUCCAAGAUCCUGCAGACCUUCGCUCGCAUCGAGGGGUUCCACUUCGAGGAAACUCUUCCUGGGUUUAAAUGGAUCGGCAACAGAAUACACGAACUCUCCAAAAUGGGAAACAACGUCAUAUUUGCCUUCGAGGAGUCGAUUGGUUUCCUUUGUGGCGGUUUGGUUCCUGAGAAAGACGGUGUGAGCUCGGCGGUGGUCGUGGCUGAAAUGGCUGCUUACCUCCACAACAAGAACCUGAGUCUGAACCAGCAGCUGCUCAACAUCUACCAGACGUACGGUCACCACGUGUCUCAGACCUCCUACGUGGUCUGUGACGACCCCACCACCAUCCAGACCAUCUUCUGCCGGAUCAGAAACUUCAACUGCGAAGCUUCGUACCCGAAGACGUGCGGCGGCGUCCGGAUCGUCCACGUCAGAGAUGUCACCACGGGGUACGACAGCAGCCGGCCAGACCUCCGAUCGGUACUUCCUGUGACGAGGAGCAGUCACAUGAUCACCUUCACUCUGCAGAACGGCGUCGUGGCAACGCUGAGAACCAGCGGCACCGAACCCAAAAUCAAGUGCUACACCGAGUACUGCGCAGCACCGGGGACCAGCGAGGCAUCCUGUCUGGAGGCGGAGCUACGGAGGAUCACAGCCGCCCUGCUGGAUGAGUUCCUGGAGCCCGAGAGGAACAACCUGAAUCGCCGCUGUGUCUAGCUCCGCCCCCCCGAGCUGUUUCCUGUUGAUGAUGUCACAUCCUGUCCUUUCUGUGGUGUGGAUUAAACAGAUCAAUAGAUAUCAAUGGUUGUCCUCCAUACAGCAGAGAGCAUCAUGGGAAACCAAACAGAGAUAAUGUUCCUUUCAGUUUGAUUGGUUAUCAAGUAUUAAUAAAUGUAUUUUCAUAGAAAGAAAAAAUACAUAUAAACAGUUUGUUUUCUGUACGUUGGCCUGCUGCUGCCAAAUGAUUCUGUUCUGAGAAACUUUAUAUUAAACAAAAUAAAUGAAGUCGUUAGAAGAUAUUUAUGAAACAUUUCUGACUUUGAGGAGAUAUUUUGAUUUCCAACAAACUGAAGAAGAAGAAGAAGAAACAAUUAUUUGAUUGUCUUGUUUGUUUCUCUAGUUUCUUUUUCUUCUUCUGUGGUUUGAUGCCUUUCUCCGAAUCAUCACGUAACUCCAGCUGAUGGAAACAAAAGUUUGGAAACUAGUAAAAGUGAAUUAUAUUUAAGUAUCAAAGCACAAGUACAUCAAAUAAACUGUAAACCACUGAAGAAGUAGUGACUGAUUUGACAGCUCUGCAGCAAUGCACUCUGGGACUUUUUUGUAGACAUUUAAAGACGUUAUUAUUCAAACAUUUCAUCUGCAGUUCUUAAUCCUGUAGUUUAUGCAUUCAUGGAUUUCAUAAGUGGAUUGAAAUGGGACUGUCCCUUUAAGCAAACAGAAGAUCAGCUGUUAGAGUUUCUCUUAUUUUUAUACUCUGAAUCCAAUCCAUUUAUGUUUGCUCCAAUAAAACAGUAAAACUGUAAAGUGUGAUUUAUUUAUUUAUUGUCGGACAUUUUGAAACAUGAACAGUCAAAUAAAAAUAUAUAUUACAAAUAAAAACUACAGAAAUAAAAGAUGUUCAUCAUUUAGUGAAUACCAGAAGAAUACAAAGUCUUUAAUCAACUUCAUUAUGCCCCGAGCACCGACGUAGUCGGAGCGGAGGACCUAUUGUUUUUCAAUUGUU